UUUAAUUACAGUAGUAACAUAAAUAAAGCAACUGAUCGUAAUAAAAAGUAGAAACCAGUUUCUGUUAAGCUCAGCACUUACAGCCCUUUAAAUUUCAAAUAAUUACUUCGCAAGUCAUUUCUCUGACAGUAUAAUGUAAAUUAAAACAUAAAAGCGUGGCAGCAUGUGAACAAGGGCAGCUGGCUAUGUCUGGAGAGUCUGAGACCGCUGGCCAAUCAGAGCCUUCCAUUCCUGUGAAAAUACCUUCGUUCCCAUCUGUUCAGGUGCACAGAUACGACCCCAGAAGUGAAAGCUGGCUACAGGUGCCCGGGAUGCUUGAGAAAAGGACCCGCUUCCAUGCUGACGUGCUGUCAGAAGGGCUGGUUGCCGUAGCCGGGGGCACAUCGCUAGGGAAACUGACAGCGAGCACAGAGAGGUACAUCCUCGGAGAAGACCGCUGGGAGCUGACCGCCCCCCUCCCUGUAGCUGUGGUGGACCAUGCUGGAGCCACGCACAAAGGGAUCCUCUACAUCUCAGGAGGAUUCUCUGGCGGAAAUACUCUGCCCCACCUCUACAGCUACCUGCCCCGUCUGAAGCGCUGGGUAGUGAACCGCCCCUUGGCCUUCUCGCGCUGCGACCAUGGCAUGGCCACUCUGGAGGAUACCAUCUAUUGCGUGGGAGGGAGGACACUCAGCAAGGAGAAGGAGUGGGUCCACGUGAACGAGAUGGAGUCCUACCGCCCGGCGGUCGACCAGUGGACCACGGUGCGGGUGUCCCCACUGAGGUACAGCCAGUUCAGCCUGACGGCCAGUGGCCAGCGACUGUACAUCACCGGCGGGGGGUCUCUACACAACAGGAGCAAGACCACAGGGGUCUUCACCUACACCAGGGACAGGAAGUGGGAGUGUGCAGGCAUGCUGCCUGUGGUCCUGGCAGAUCACUGCGCCUGCAUCCUCUCCAUCUCGGCACAGACACUGAGGAGAAUCAAAUCCCAGGAGCCCCCACUGUCCCCCACACCAAGGAGAGGGGCUGAGAGCUCUGUUGUUCUAUAGUCAUGAGUGAAUGGAAGAGAGGUUUCAUGAACCCCACAUAGACCUUUCAUUGAUGAGACAGUCCUACAUAUACAGGUGGACAUCCCAAGGUAAAGGAAAAGGAAAGGAGAGAAGACCAAAAAAAGAGAAUCCACAUAAAAGGACAAAAGGAGUGGGACUGACAAUCACCUACUGAUUUGAACCAAUCAGAUACCUUGCUUUCCAAAGAACACCAGUUGGAAAAAAGCAGUCAUUUAUUCUUACAGCAGCACAUUGAUGGUUCCAACUUUUAAGCAGUUAAUGAAGCGUCAUCCACUCAUCACCUAUGAUAACAGAAAUUCUGAGUAUGGGGUAAUGUGGCCACUUACCCACAGUGUCUCUCAGGGCAGGCAGUAGAUCAGCUCCACUCAACAUGGUGUCGCACGCCACCUACAGGAACAUAGUGGGAGGUGCACUUACUCCUUUACUGUAAGCUAAGUACCAUGUUCAUCCCUGAAAGGUUUUCAGGAAAUCUAUAGAGAUAGUAACAAAUCCCUUUAAUUCUUUUGAAAAAAAACUUAAUGAAACAAUUAUAGUUUAUGUAACUGGGAUGGCAGGUAUGUCAUCUGACAAGCUACGGGUUGGUGGAGCUACAGCUAACCUACACUUACAUCGAGUGAAAAGCCCACCCUUUUUCAGUAUUGUAAAAAAAAGUUCCCCAAAGAGACCCACAGGGUGCAACUGUGGGUAAAAAAUUAAAAGGUCAUUUUAACCAACUUACUAGCUAGGUUUUUUAAAUCAGUUGACUAGCUGGACACCUAAUGUAAGUGACUUUUCACUGUUAAUAAAAUGCAUAUGUCUUCCUCACAGAUAAAAGUGUCCCACCAGCACACUGAAAAGCUUCUGGCAACAUCUGUUCCCUUACUGUACCAGUUAACCACACCUUUCAGGGGACUGAAAAGCACUUCCAAUGCACCAUGUUUGGGCCACUCCUGUUCUUGCUCUCAGUAGAGUGGCUCACCAACAGCAGCCAUCCCAGAAUACUCACCUGCUACUUUUAAGACCAAUGAAA